CGCUCGUACGCCUCUCCCCGCGGAGCACGGCUGAGUCAGUCAGUCUGUCGGAGUCAGUCUUCGGGACAGCCUGCGCCCGGUACUUCGGAGAGCCAGCUGCUGGAUCGUCCUGUGUCCCCUCCCACUCUCCCGCCCCACGUUUCUCUUCACCACUCUCCCGCCUUUGCUCGUACAGCCAUGGCGGAGUCGUCGGCGGCCACUCAGUCCCCGUCAAUCUCCUCGUCGUCCUCUGGGGCCGAGCAGUCCGCGCUCGGCAGCGGCGGGAGCCCCGGAGCCUGCCCCGCCCUGGGGGCGAAGAGCUGCGGCUCCUCGUGUGCGGUACGCGAUCUGAUUUUCUGGCGAGAUGUGAAGAAGACUGGGUUUGUCUUUGGCACCACGCUGAUCAUGCUGCUCUCCCUGGCAGCUUUUAGUGUUAUCAGUGUGGUCUCUUACCUCAUCCUGGCUCUUCUCUCCGUCACCAUCAGCUUCAGAGUCUACAAGUCUGUCAUUCAAGCUGUGCAGAAGUCAGAAGAAGGCCAUCCAUUCAAGGCCUACCUGGAUGUGGACAUUACCCUGUCCUCAGAAGCCUUCCAUAACUACAUGAAUGCUGCCAUGGUGCAUGUCAACAGAGCCCUCAAACUCAUCAUCCGUCUCUUUCUAGUCGAAGACCUGGUUGACUCCUUGAAGCUGGCUGUCUUCAUGUGGCUGAUGACCUAUGUUGGUGCUGUUUUUAAUGGAAUCACCCUUCUGAUUCUUGCUGAGCUGCUUGUUUUCAGCGUUCCAAUUGUCUAUGAGAAGUAUAAGACACAGAUUGAUCACUAUGUUGGGAUUGCCCGGGAUCAGACCAAGUCAAUUGUUGAAAAGAUCCAAGCAAAGCUUCCCGGAAUCGCCAAAAAAAAGGCAGAAUAAGCACAUAGAAGCCAGAAGUGCAACAGUUACUAAAACGCCAUUUAAUAGUUAUAACAUCGUCACUUGUACCAUGAAGAACUUGCUCAGUAUCAGCUUGAGUUUGGUUCCAAGUUGUUUGUUCUUUUUAAUUUGGUGUUCUUUCCCUCCUCUCCCUUUACCCUCAGUACCAAGCACAAGACAUGUUAGACUGAAAUAAGAACUGAUCUCUUAGAACCCAAAAGAAUAAAGAGUGAAUCAAAUUAAUAGAAUUAAUCAGACCAUAGCAGUAGCGGAGCUUUUACCUGUACUAUGAAAGGGGAAGAAGAAGAGAAAAAUGUCUCUAGGGUCCUCUAUCCAUUUUCAAGGACUUGUAUGCAGUUCCCAUUUAUAACUUUGCCCUUCCUUUUAAGUUAGGAAAUAAUGACUAACUUAUGAAUCGUCUAGGGCAGGAGUGGGUUUUCUUCCAUUUGGUUUAUGCGGCCCUCCAGUCCCACCUUCCUGCCUCAGACUUAAGCAGCUACUCCUGCUCUUCUUCUUCCUUAAAUGAAAGAACUGUCAGCUCUGAAUAACUUAGAGGUGAUAGAGGUAAUUCCCUUUCACCAGAAUUCCGUCUGAGAAAUAGAGGGAACAGAGUGGGGUGGAGCAGUCAGCAGGAGGGCAGCAGUCACCUUCCUGCUGCUGCUCUUCCUAGGGAAGGAAAGACUCUGCCAUCUGGGAGGGUAGUGUCCAAGUAAUUGAUCUGGGAUACCAAUGUGAGUGUUGGUUUGGGAAAUCAUUCCAGAAUGUGCUUCUCCCUUUCCCCUGCCCACCUUACCUCAAGUUUAAUAAAUAUGGUUGUACUUUUCUUAUGAAAUAAAUGUCUGUAACUGCUGUACACUGCUAUAAAUUUAAGAAAAAUAAUCUGCAUGUGGGCUCCCAGCCAUCGAGUUAUUAUAAUCCUAUCUUUGUCUGUGGGGAAUGAGAUACAAGACCACGAAAAGCCUUCCUUCUGUGUCUUCCCUACUUUCUCCUCCACUGCUGCUUCCACUUGUACUUUGCUAGUUUAGCCUGAGGACUGGUCAUGUGUCUGUAGUCCAUAGGCCUCAGUUGGUUAGAGGGGGAGGUACAUUUCCAGAUUUGUGAUGUAACUUUGAGUAGCUUGUGAGUGAAUGUUGUUCUGAGGGGAUCUCCAUUUUCAGACACAUUCAUGACAUAGUUCCUACCAUGGCCUAUGGUGCUCAUUUGGAGAAUAUUUUUGAGAAGUUUUAGGUUGUAGGUGACCAGGCAGGACCAGGAGAUGUUGCUAGACAACAGAGUAACUUAUGAUUGACUGGAGAUCUUGAUUUUUGAGACUGCAUCUCCCCUUCAUGGGAAUCUAAUCAGCUUGUAAACCGGCAUCCAACGAGUUCCUUCAGUUCUCAGCCCUGUCUGUUGUGAGAAAGAGCUGGGAUUUCAAGAGCUAUGGUGUCUUCGGUAGUCACCAAGUUGUGUGACUGUAAAAAUAGGAAUGGAGCCUCUUCAGAAAUGACUUUUAGGGACUUUGAUAGGUAGAAUGCCUUACUCCAUUUUCUUGGUUUCUUUGCCAUUGUUCAUUUUGAAUUUUUGAUUUCCAUUGUAGAAAACACUCCAUCACCAUCCUCUGCCCUCCCAGGGAGUGAAUGCACUGAUGGUCUUUGGGGUCUCCCAACAAGGGACCCCAUUCUGCACUGGAAGCCUCCACACCUGGCUCUUUUCUUUGUUGCUGCUGUGUUAAAAUAAUUGGAAAGAUUUUUGUGCCACACAGGAAUUUUUUUUAAAGAAAAAUCUAUAGAUGAAAAAGUUACUAAUGAAAUUGUGUACGUGUCUGUGCGUGCAACAUAAAAAUACAGUAGCCUCAAGGAGCUCUUCUGGUCCCUGUAAAACUGCAAAUUGAUGUAUUAAUUAUAAAUAAAGAACACAGUGACUGUCUCA